UCCUUCCUGCGGUCCAUGUUGAAGAAUUCCAGUGUAAUCAUUAUCUCAUCGAUCUUGCAACUUCUCCUCACUGGUGACCAUAUCUUCUGUUAUGACAUUGUUGCCUGCACCGUUGUUGUCAAGAUCUCGGACGAGGAGGCGAACGGCAUGGCCGAGUUUCAGUAA